GGUACCAACUGGGAUGGCCAGAUUGUUACUGAUUUAGUAAUAACAUCUGCAAAGAAAUAUGAACCAGAGAAGUUGGAUGAAAAACUUCUCCUAGCGGAAUUUCCAUAUCUCGAAAUAGGAGAUACUGAAAAGUAUAAGAGGAUGGAUACUUAUCCUUCCAGGAGAGUGAUGUUUACUCAUCUCCGUCCUGAUAGAUUCCCACCAUCUAUUUUCAAGAACAAAGCCAAAGUACUGAUGCUGAUUCGAAAUCCAAAAGAUGUUGCUGUAUCUUUUUUCCAUUUUUCAAAGAACUUCAGUCCUACUCCUCCCUAUGAUACAUUUGAAGAGUUCUUCCGAGCUUUGAUGAUAGGAAAAAUUCCCUGGGGAUCCUAUAUAGAGUAUCUUUGUACAUGGAACAAGUAUAUUGAUAAAGAAAAUGUCCUGCCAAUAACAUACGAAGAGAUAAAAGAGGUACUGUUAAUAUUGUUCAGAUAUAUGGAUUCUUAUAGUCAUAUACAGCAAUGAAUGGAAAAAUUUAGAGAAAGAAUGAUGCGAAUUUUAGGGCGUAGUAGGAAUUUAAAACCAGAACUUUUGGAACAAAUCAGAUCAGAAUUCUAAUCACUGCUAGAUGUGCAGAAUCCAUUCCAGAUAUCAAUUAAGCUUUCCCAAAAUUUCUGCUAGAGUAUAGAUGACCUAUGACCUCCAGGUUUCCUGAGAGAAAUUCAUGAAGUUUAUAAUUAAGAAAGACCCAUGAUCCUCCAGCAGAUAGCCUGUAUGAUUUUCAGCUAAAGAAACUCUGCAUUUGUUUAUUGAUUCUUUCCCUCCCCCCCCCCAAUAAUUAUUUUGCCCCUUUCUGCUCUGGGGAAGAAGUAGAAAUAACUGUGCCAACCAGCCAACCAUAGCAUAAACAAUGUCCAUCAAGAUGAAAUGGGAUCAAACUGAGCAUGGGGAAAUUGUGUUUGCUCCCUGAAAUAGUAUGUGUGUAUGUACAUAUAUUUAUACAUAUAUUUUUAUAUUCAUGUAGAUCUUUCAUUUAUUUACUUGACAUAAGGAAUGUAGAAUAUCACCAUAGCAUUUAGAAUUAGAAAAUCAGAAUGAAUCUUAGACAUGGAAGUCAUAUAUUUGCAUCAUUCCCUUCCCAAAGUUGGUCUUUCUUAGAAAUGGGACAGCAAUACAAAUUGAUCCCUUUUUCAGACCCCAGCUUUAGGAGCCAAAAAGAUUUCCAC